AUGUCGUACGACGACCGCGCCAAUGCGCGUCCCAACCUGAACGACGAGUCCGAUGUUGAGGAGGAGGCUCUGGUCAACGACUACCGUGAGCAGGUCAACUUUGAGGAUGGAAUGAGCGAGCUGGACCGGACGACAUCUCUCGGUGGAGGUUCCCAGACGCAAGACCUCCAGGCCCAGCUGGCCGCCGCCGCUACCCCACUGGAAUACCAGGCCACUCUGGAGACCAAAUUCGCGAGCUACGACAACUACUGCAGUCUCUUCCAUUACAUUCUGAACUCGGAGGGCCCCGUGGAUCUGGAGGUUCCCUCGUAUAACUGGGCUUGGGAAGUCAUUGACGAGUUCAUCUACCAAUUCGAAUCGUUCUGCCGCUACCGCACUCGGGUUGCUCGCAGCGGGUCCAACGAGGAGGAGGCCCAGCUGCUCCGCGAGAACCCCAAUACAUGGGGCUGCUACUCGGUACUGAACGUGCUGUACUCGCUCAUCCAGCGAUCCCAGAUCAAUGAGCAGCUGGCGGCGAUUAAGCGGGGCGAGGACCCGAUGGCGUUCGCGGGCGAGUACGGAUCGCGGCCGCUGUACAAGAUGCUGGGCUACUUCUCGAUCAUCGGGUUGCUGCGCGUGCACUGCCUGCUGGGCGACUUCAGCCUGGCUCUGAAGACGCUGGAUGACAUCGAGAUGAACAAGAAGGCCAUGUUCGCGCGAGUCAUGGCCGCCCACUUCACCACGUACUACUACGUGGGCUUCUCGUACAUGAUGAUGCGGCGCUACGCCGACGCCAUCCGCAUGUUCAGCCACAUCCUAGUGUACGUGUCGCGGACGAAGAACUUCCAGAAGGGUGGCAACAGCUACGACGCCAUCGCCAAGAAGAACGACCAGAUGUACGCCCUGAUCGCCAUCUGCGUGGCCCUGCACCCGACCCGCCUGGACGACACUAUCCACUCGGCCGUGCGCGAGAAGUACGGCGACCAGUUCUACCGCAUGCAGCGCGGCGGCCCCGAGGCCCUGCCUGUCUUUGAGGAGCUGUUCCGCUCCGCCUGCCCUAAGUUCAUCAGCCCAACGCCGCCCGACUUCGAAAACCCGGCCUUCAACGUCGACCCCGUCGAUCACCACACCGCCAUCUUCAUGGACGAGGUCAAGAACACCCUGUUCAACCCCACCAUCCGCUCGUACCUGAAGCUCUACACUACCAUGGACCUCAAGAAGCUUGCCGGCUUCCUCGAGGUCCAGCCCGAGCAACUGCGCUCUUGGCUGCUCGUCAACAAGCAACGCAGCCGCCAGAUCCGCUGGGUCGAGGGUGGCCUGCUGGAUGGCGAGCCUGUCAUUGCUAACGACCUCGACUACGCUUUGGAGAAUGACCUGAUCCACGUCAGUGAAACCAAGGCCGGCCGCCGUCUCGUAGACUGGUACCUGCGGAACCUUGCCCGUGUCUACUAG